CCCUACUUCCUUCCCAGAAUCCUGCUGCUUCCCUUUACUGAAAAUUUGAAGGCAGUUUUGUGCUUAGAGAACUCUUUUUCUUCCUUUGAGGCCACAAUGUGCUGUCAUCCUUCCCCUGAUCUCCACCUUCCAAUCCCCACCCAGCUGAAUUAGAAUACUGUACUAUGUGUAGUUUGAACUCUUGAAUACAAAUAUAGAAGAAGCAGAAAGACAAGAGGAAGCAGUGCUUGAGCUCUGACUAGAGAAUUGCCACUUCUCUCUUCUAUAAACUUUUGAUAACACAAGUUGGAGGCACUUUCCCAAGAUGGACUUUCAAAGUCAUUUUUUAGUCAGUCACCUGCUUCUUUUGUUCUUUUAUCCAAGAGAUGCCAUGGUAGAAGAUGUUGUGGUUUGGGGGACGCUGACCAAAUCCAUCUCUUUGGAUAUCCCUGAUUUCCUGAAGUACCAAAACGUAGAUGAUAUAAGGUGGUUUAAAGGGCAGACUCUGAUUGCAAAAAUAAAACUAAAUGGAGAAGAAAACAAACCCUUGAAUGAGAACACAGACUAUGAAAUAUUCAAAAAUGGAACCCUGAAAAUUAAAAAGCUGGAGAAAGACUCUGGGCAAGAAUACAAGGUGUCAGUGUAUGAUAAAGAUGGGAAAAACCUGUUGGACAAAAUAUUGAUUCUGUAUGUGUUAGAGGCUAUUUCAAAGCCAGAAAUAACAUGGAAUUGCACUGAAAAAAUUGUCACUUGUGAGGUUCAGAAUGGAUCUGAUGCCGAGCUGACCUUGUUUGACAAUGAAAUGCAGCCUCUGAAGAAGGGGACCUUAAAAACAGAGAAAAUGCAUCUCAAGUACACUUGGAGAAACCUACCACUAAAGGAGCUCAAAUGUGUGGUGAAAAACCGAGUCAGCGAAGACUGGGCUGUGAGCCAAAACCCCUGUACAGAGAAAACUCUGAACAUUUAUCAUAUCCUGGGUAUUUGUGGAGGUGGGAUAAUCCUGUCAAUCUCCGCAGUUCUGCUCAUUUUCUAUUUCCGGAGGAGGAAAAACCAAAAUGAUCAAAAUGUUGAGAUGAACAUCUCCAGAGUAAAAGUGGAAGGGAGAGGACAAAAGCUUCCUCAGAGUCCAGGUCAACAUCUACAACCACCUAGUAGUCGCCAUCCUCAACAAUCAGGUGGUCACCGUCCCCAGACUCCUGGUUACCAUCCCCAGGGCCCUGGUCACCGUCUCCAGGUACCUGGCCACAGCCCUGCAGUACCUGGUCAUCGUCCUCAGCCACAGCAGAAAAGAUCUCCAAAAGUCCAGCAGCAAACUGGCCCUCCCUUGCCCAGACCUCGGAAUCCGCAAAAACCUUCUCAUCAGGAAAAGGAAAAAUAAUAAUUAUCUCUCCUGAGGGAAAUUUCUCUUUGCCCCACCUCUGAACAGAAAAAAAAGAUCUUUCCAAAUAAACAAUACUGCAAAAGUACCUAUUCAUGGUGCAAAUUCCUAUGAGAAUUUUCUACAGUUGGGCUACUCCUUUUUCUAAGUAUCACUGGUCAUGAACCACAGGUGGGGGCUUAUCUACUCUUUUGAAAGGGAGAGAGAAAAAAAUAUGAAAUGAUGGAAACCGGAGUGAUCGAAGACUUGUUGAUCUGACCCAGAGUAACGUGGCCUUAUGACAGGACUACUUUGAUAUCAAAGAGAAAAAAGCAGUUGAUGUUGCAACCAUUAAGAGGAAGGAUCCUGACAUCAUUGAAGUGGACAUAGAAAGGACCCCAGGAUGACCAAGCAGCAAUUCUUGCCCUUGACAAGAGACUUCCUUGAUGUUUUCUUGUUCAAUCCAACAAGUAAGCUACUUUGCUAGGCACUAGUGUGACAAAAAAUAAACUACAAAAUGCUCUUUGUCCUUUAGAAACAUA